AUGGCGAUCGCCAUAAGCCAGAAAAGCAAUCGUUAUACAACUACGAUUCUUGCAGUUUUCGUCUCGUUCCUGGUCAAAGAAACGACUUCGAUGAAUACUUCCUCUCUUUCCCCAUCCACUGACGCAGUACAAAUUAGAGGCUGGUUAACUUCGAUGUCGAGAGUCUCUGUGUCUUCGUUCGGAGAAGUUAAGGCUACCCCUAUGGAUACAGGCAUUUUUAUCUCUGUGAGCAGCAAUUCUGUUAAUGAUGAUGUCGCGAAAUCUUCUAUCAGUUUUUCUAGCCAGGCUCAGUUUUCUGCAAAAGUUACUCUGACCAACUCACAUCUUCCUUCGGUGAUAAAACCUACGGAAGCAACCACCUUGAAAAGCUACAAAACAAAAGUUCCAACAUUGGUUUAUUCAAGGGUUGAGAAUACUUCAGUUGAGUCAAGCCCACUAUCUACUGCGACACCACAAUCAAGUGGCUAUAAAAAUGGCGUGACAAGUGAGCCAUCACACCUGUGUGCUAAAGCUACUUCUGUCACGCAACCAAUCGGAAGCGUGGGGAUUGAGCCGAAUCAAGUUACGAGGUCUAGCUCAACCAACAAUGGUGUUAUGUCUUCUGCAAGUGUUGGUGUUUAUUCAAGUCGGGAAAAGACUGAUGUCACGGCAUAUGUCACGACAUAUACUCCUGCCUUACAUUCAAGCCUCUUGAUGAAAGUCAACCCUUCUAGCGUUACUUCCGUAACGCAGUCAACUGAAGGCAACAAUAAAAGUCACGCAACGAGCUCAAGCUUUUGGCCGUCAGUUGUAUCGAUGAGAAGAAGUUCUGAAGCUAAUCCCGUCACAAAGUCGACGAGAAUAGACCUAGUCAGUCACGUAACGGGACCAAGUUCUGUCGCAUCAGGUUUAACGAUGACGACAAAAGCGUUCAAUUUUACUACCGUCACGAAGUCAACUAGAGUCAGUCACGCGAGUAGCACAAGUUUUGUGGGGACAUCUUUAACGAUGACGCAAAAUUUUGAAGCUACUUCCGUCAAACAGUCAGCUCGAGCUGAUCUAGGCAGCAACAUAAUGAGUUCAAGUACUAUGGUAAUGGCAUCGAAAGAAUCUGAAGCUACUUUCGUCACGCAGUCAGCUGUAGUUGACCUAGUCAGCAGUCACACAACAAGCUCAAGUACUGCGGCAAUGGAGUCACCAACGUCGAAAGAAUCUACAACGAGCUCAAGCUCUCUGGCUUUAGGGUUACCGACGACGACAAAAGCAUCUGAAUCUUUCACAGCCACGCUAUCAAGGGAAGGCGAUGAGAUUUUUGCAAGAAAGACUGUACUUGUCACACUAGGCACAUCGACGUUCGUGACAGAUUCCAGAGAAUCCUCCGUAGCGCAACCCGGUGAACAUUCUGAAGCCAGUCACACAACAAGUUCAAGCACAAUGACAACAGCACCAGGGACGUCACAAGGCAGCGUGACUGAUGGUGAUUCCUAUAAAGUUAGUCACGCAAUAACGAUGGACGCCAAAAUCUCAAGCACGACCAUCAAAGCAGCUUAUAUCACAUCUGCCACGUCAAGCGUCCAGGCCAGUCACGCAAAAAGCAUCACGCAAUCAAUUAUUUCAGUAGCAGCGUCAGCGGAAUUACAAGGCUCUCCCGUUACUUCCGUCACGCAUUCAGGUGAUCUCAAGUAUACAACAAGUCCUCCAAAGUCAAGCAUCGUGACACCAGAUUUAUCAAACUCGCCAUCUAAGGCUGUGAUGUCCUCAUCAAGAGAAAGCAUUGCAUAUGUAACGCAAUCCACUUUGAAGCAGAAAGCUGAUGGCGUUACUUCCGUCCCGCAAUCCACCAACAUCACGCAAGUGAUUGCCGUUCAACCGUCACGCACCGUGAGGUACAACACGAGUGUCGACCCGGAAGUGGUAGAGGCCUUUAGGUCCAGGUAUAUCUACAAGAACGACAAGAAAAUGGCCUGUUCUGACUUCAAAAGUUACCAAAAAGACACUUGCUAG